AUGGUCACAAUAAAUCAUUUUAAUAAGAAUGUGGCAGCUCAUAAAGAAAGCAUAUAUAAGAACUUAUGUACAAAUUUGAUUCGUCAUGAAUAUAUAAUGACAACACAAGCAAAAGCAAGACAAGCUCAACCUCAUAUCGAAAAAUUCUUAGGAAAAGCAUUAUCAGAAACAAAAGAAUUACCAAACCUUAGUAUAGGGGAUAAACUAAACAAAAUAAAAUCACUAAAUUACUUACAACCAUCAGAUAAACAAGAAAUUGGAUUAAAAUUAAUAAAAGAUUUACAAAAAAGAUACAUAAAUAGAGAUCACGGUUUCACAAGAAUAAUUAAAUUAGAACCAAGAUUAGGAGAAGACAAUGCACCAAUGAGUAUAAUAGAGUUAGUAGAUUCUAAAUAUCAAUUUAAAUUAUGGUAUACUGCAAAAACAGUUGCAAAGUUACAAUUACAAAAUAUUCCACUAGAUGAUAUAACUGAAAUAAAUAUAAAAAAAUUAAUUCAAGGACAAGAAAAUGGUCAACAAGAAUUUGAUAAUUGUGUUGAAAUUUGUAAAAAGGAAUUUUUUAAUAAUGGUAUAGUUGAAGAGAUGAAUGAUGAAACUUCACAACUGUUGAGUAGUUUACCAAAUAUGGAAAGACAUACUGGUGACUUAAAAGAUAAAUUAUUAGUUUCUAAAAAAUAUAAAACUAAACCAAGACCAAGCGAAAAUGAAUCAAUAAUACCUCAAUCACCAUUUUUGAAACAACAAUCAGCUCAAGUAUAG